AUGGCCACCGACAACAGGAUUCAUUUCUGGAGGAGAAACCCAAAGGUUCCCGGGAGCUUACAGCCAGUAUAUGGAGCACAGCACCCUCCUCUGGACCCAUGCAGACAUCGUCUAUUAAAAGAUGCUCCAAAGGUUAACAGUCUGAACACCAAAUCCAAAAAACCUUCCACUUUCCACGAAUUUGCUCGGAGCACCAAUGAUGCAUGGGACAUUGAUGAUGAAGAGGAUGAUGGUAUUUUUAGUCUUAAACAGCUCUCAUCUUCACCUGUCCAAUCACGAUCCAUGCCUCAAACACCCUGCCUCAAAAUCAUCAAAACCCCAGAAGACACCGAGGCACUGCCCCCCUCACUGGACAGGCAGGAACCAAUCAGCACAAACCCCAUUCAAGAUCGACUGGAUAUGGAAAGCGGUCCAGCCAAUGGCAGGGUGGUAAAGUCCAGUAGCGAAGCCCAGCUCAAUGUUAAUGCAGCUCGUAAUACCCUGCAAAAACAGCAGUCACUUCCUGUGCGGCCCGUUAUCCCAUUGGUUGCCCGCAUUUCGGACCAAAAUGCCUCAGGAGCUCCGCCCAUGAUGGUGAGAGAGAAGACUCGAUUGGAUAAAUUCAAGCAGCUACUUGCCAGUCCCAACACAGAUUUGGAGGAGUUACGGAAGCAUAGUUGGUCGGGAAUCCCUCGUGAAGUUCGGCCAGUCACCUGGAGACUCUUAUCUGGCUAUCUUCCAGCCAAUAGAGAGCGAAGGGAACUGGUUCUCCAGAGGAAGAGGGAGGAGUAUUUUGGCUUCAUUGAACAGUAUUACCACUCCAGAACAGAUGAGAAUCACAGAGACACAUACAGACAGAUUCACAUUGAUAUCCCGAGGACGAACCCUUUGAUUCCUUUGUUCCAGCAGCCGCUGGUGCAGGAGGUGUUUGAGCGGAUCCUGUUCAUCUGGGCCAUCCGUCACCCCGCUAGUGGAUACGUGCAGGGCAUUAAUGAUCUGGUCACUCCCUUUUUUGUGGUCUUCCUCUCUGAAUUCGUGGAGGAAGACGUGGAAAACUUUGAAAUGGCAAGCUUGCCUCUGGAUACACAACGAAACAUUGAGGCCGACAGCUUUUGGUGCAUGAGCAAAUUGUUGGAUGGGAUACAGGACAACUAUACAUUUGCCCAGCCUGGGAUUCAGAAUAAAGUGAAGGCGCUGGAAGAGCUCGUUAGCAGAAUAGAUGAGGAUGUCCACCUGCACUUUCUAAAGUGUGAGGUGGAGUAUCUGCAGUUUGCUUUCCGCUGGAUGAAUAAUCUGCUGAUGCGGGAGCUACCGCUGCGCUGUACCAUUCGCCUUUGGGACACCUACCAGGCGGAGUCAGAGGGAUUCUCCCAUUUUCACCUCUACGUGUGCUCUGCCUUCCUCAUCAAAUGGCGCAAAGAGAUCCUAUCCAUGGUGGACUUUCAGAGCUUGCUAAUGCUCCUGCAGAACCUUCCCACAAUACACUGGGGCAACGAAGAGGUGGGUUUGCUACUGGCGGAGGCCUACAGACUCAAAUACAUGUUCGCUGACGCUCCAAGCCACUACAAGAGAUGAGAACCCGCAAGCGGACCGUGGCGCAACCCUGCAAAGUCCAAACCGCUCUUCUUCACUCCAUUUAAUUUGCACUGCGAAGACAGAGCUCGCCUAUGACGUCAAAUUUGUGUCAUCGUCUGUUACAAUUCACCAUCAAGAAUGAGACGGCUUAAACAACCACUGACAAAACGGAUAUUUUGGAAGAACCUCCCAGAGAUCUUGAUGGCUGACAGUUCAGUUUGCCCGCAGAUGACUCCAGAAGAUAACUGACAGUGAGAUGCCGAGGAACAGAAAGCAGUUAUCAAACUGAAAACAGAAGGACAUGGAAUCCUAGGCUUCCCCGCAUCUUCCUGUAUUUGUUACCUCAGAUGUGGAGCAGCCACCUCUCGUUUUUAUUUCUUGACAGAUCCUCAUUUUUUUCGUCCGCUCUCGCCACCGUUCUCGUGUUUUGUGUUAUUGGACUGUAAUGUGAUCUCCUUGGCCCUUUUGCUCAUUGCCACAUUGAUUGUACCACACGCAGGUACACGGGUCGAUUCCCGUCCGUAAUCACUCUGCGUUAUUGAAACUCUGCAAUACAUGAAACUAUGGCAGCCGUAAAGGGUCAUUUCUCAAGAGGCGCAGCUGAGCGUUUCAGAUUUGAAGAAUCAAUAUGCAACCGCCUGAGCAAUGUGUUUGGGUUUUUAUGUUGUUGUUUUUUUUUAAACAAGGCAAGGCUGUGAAUUUUAACAAUCCUUUAACCAGUGGCUUUGUAUGCGCAUGAAGCACAAUUAUUUCUUAGAAAACGAGUACUUUUAGAGCUUUAGUAUUAGCAUUCGACUACUACUGAGGUGUACGUGAAAUAUUAAUAUGGCUUUAUAAAGAAUGAAUCGGUGUGAUGUGAGGUCAGCCUCUGAGACCACAGGACUGGAGUCGUGUUGAAAGGAAACUACUGACUUGGAGGCAGACUGAAGGGUUUUGGUUUUCACUCUGUGGUACUGUACAUAAACAAAUCCUAAUCUCAAAUACCGCUGGAGAACAGCAGAUGAAAUCUCAAAGCACUGUGAAAAGGCAUCUACCACUCGCACGUCCAUUCGAUCUCCCAGGCCAAUCAAAUUAUGCAGAUGUUUAUGCUAAUCAGAUGUAGAUGAUCUGAUUAUCACCCUUUUCCCUUUGAACCCUUGUUUCACCUUUCGGUGUAUUUAUUAACUCCAAGCUCAUCUGUUUCGAUUGGUGAUAAAUUGUUCACCUUCUGAAUCUUUCCAAACCAGAUGUGUGAGCUUUAUAAAUCGCCGUGUAAUGCGAAAUGAAUGACUCGACUUAUCAAUAGCAAACGUUUUCAUCAAAAUCACUAAUUAUUUCGUAUAACUCGGACCAAAGCCUUGCAUGGAUAAUCUGAAUAAUAAAUUAAAGAAGUGUCUUUCUGCUUUAAUUAUUGAAGCAAGUGGAGUGUAUCGAUUAGAUGGAGGUGUCAGAAUCUGUUAAAAGUGAUGCAGUUGAACUUCAAGUUCAGCGCUGUGGAGUUUGCUGAUGUUAAACGCUUGAAUAAUGUACAUUUUGUCAGCUUGCUGUCCUUAUUCAUCCAUCAGUGACAUUUGAAACCACCUGCGCUGCACCUGUCUCGCUGUUACAAUCUAUUUUUGAUGAAGCGUUUGCGGUGCUGCACUCUUAUUUUGAAAGUGAACUGGAAUGUAUUUUGUUUUCUUUCUGUGUUAUGUCUUUGUCUUUGCAUAUAUUAAUGAGCUGAUAUUCACUCCAGAGAUAAUUAGUUUGCUCGUAACCCUUUUAAAGUGCGCUAAUGAAGCGGUGACUUAUUGUCGAGGGUUGAGAUGGCUGACCCUGGUGAGGAAAUGGAGCAGUAAUUAUUCAUGAGACGCAUUGAGUAAACUUCCAGAUUAGCUCCCGGAUUUAGUCUUUUGAUCGAUCUUUUCUUUUUUCCGGAUGUCAGUUAGGCUGUUGAAUAACGUUAACCAGUAAGAUGCUCUUAAGGGUGAACAUCCAUGUCUGGCUCUCAAAAUAUGGGUUUUUGUGCAGACCUGUCCCCCUUUCUCAACGCAAAAGUCAAAAGUGUAACAUGUUGUAUCUUUAUAACAGUCAAGCUGUUUGUUUCCUAACCGAACUGGAAAUAUUUAAUUGAACAAUUUUUAGAUUCACUAAUAUAAUGUGAUAUUUAUUUAAGAAUAAAUACACUACCUUUCAAAAGUUUGGCCUUCUAAUGCUCACCAAGGCUGCAUUUAUCUGGUCAAAAAUAGUGGUAUUGUGAAAUAUUGUUAAAAUGUAAAGUUUUAGUUUUCUAUUUGAAUAUAUUUUAAAAUGUAAUUUAUUUCUUUGGAUUUUCAGCAUCAUUACUCCAGUCUUCACUGUCACAUGAUCCUUCAGAAACCUUUUUAAUAUGCUAAUUUGCUGCUUUAGAAACAAUUCUUUUGAUUAUCAGUGUUGAUAACAGAACAGCAUUUAUUUAUUCUAGAUUUUUACUGUCACUUUUGAACAAUUUAACGCAUCCUUGUUGCAUAAAAGUAUUCAUUUGCUUCCAAAAUUGUUUUUGAAUGGUAGCGUACACUUAAAAAGCAAUCCUCUAUCAUUUCUUUUAGAGCACCCAUACAUCUGUCUCGGCCAAUAGAAUGGCUUUGAGGAAAGAGGAUAGGAUUCUGCAGCAGUGUCAGAUCAGAUGGUGUUUCAGGAAAACAGGCCUUUACACUCCAUUCAUUCUCUCUCACUUUCCAUCAUCCAAUCAAUUCCUAAUGGAUGAAAUAUUAACAACCAACCCUGCGUUUUGUUCUGGAAUAUUCUGUUCCACUUGGUUGCACAUGCUGUUUCAUGUUGACUUGAACUCUUCUGGGCAUCUUUCAUCAUGAAUGUUUGAAAAGUCGGGAUUUCUCAAACACAUCUGAUUGUAUUACAUCUAUUGCCUACAUGUGCAUUCAUACCUUGUUUUUGCAAAUACACAUUAAACCACAGGUUUUUGAUCUGCAUACGGUACAAUGAGUAUUACCAUAUUGUGAAUCUUACUGAUGUUAUUCAUGAAUUCGUGUUAUUUUGUUAAGUUUUUUUUACUUGGUUCUGCCCUUUUGAUUUUGAGCGAGUCAGUUGUGGUUGGUAGACUUGAUGUUUUUUUUUUUUCCUUUUUUCUUUGUUUGUUUCCAUUGCUUUUCUUUUUUUAAGAAAGAAAAGAAAAAGUGAGCGCCCUGCCGGUACGGCCGCCAUGUCUAUUUAUAGACAUGUCCUCUACGUCUUAAGUUAUUUGUCUCCUUCCACUGACUUGUCCUGGGAUUUCCUGCUUUCUUCCUUCUCUCCACUUUGGGCUCCCCGCUUGGCAUUAUUCCCCCCUUCAUUUAUCCAUAUUUGAUCCAUUGGGCCUGUGUUUAAAAGAUAAGCUUGCUUUCUAUUUUGAUUCAUUCAAAAUCUACUCUAUAAUUUUAGGAUCAAAUAUUUGCCUUGGGUCUGCAAAUAGAAUAGAUAUAGAUAGCCAUUCUACUUGUAGAGAGAGUAAUUUUUGUGCAGUUUUAUGAUAAUGUAGAUGUGAAAGAACAGUACUGUGGUUUAUGCGGCUCAUAGCGUCAUGAUUGCCUUCACAGUUUGCAAUGCAAAUGAGUCUCUAUAGCAGCUUCAUGGCGCGUCCUAAUGCCAGAUCUCUUUUGUUUGUGUUUUCCUCUCUGCAUAAAAUGCCAAAAUCCUCGAGUCAUUGGGUUCUUCUUGCUUAAUCAGUGCUUUUGUAGUCCAUGCUGCUUUUAGCCUUAAAGAAAAGAGGAAAUGUGGGAGUUUUCUGCUGUAUAUUUGAUUUUUGGGUUCUAUUAAACUGUUGGUACUCUG